UGAAAAUGUUGAAAUUGUGAAAUGGAGUUGAGUUGGCGAAAGUAUUUUUAAUGAAAACAUCCAAACUCUCGUGCAUCAUAAGAUAAAUAAUAACAAAUAAAUUUUGAGAUAUUCGUAUAAAGACUUUAGUAUUUUUCUUCAGCAAAUUCGUUAAUGUACAUAUAAAUCAUGGAUAAAUCGGAUAAAUCCAUAAUACACCGUUUACUCCGACUUUUUUGAGUGACAUAUGUCAAAUUUAAAAUUGAGUGAUUUCUUGACAAAAUAUGAAGGUGAAGGUGUUUUCAUUAAUCUAAGCAAAAUAUCCACUUUUAAAAAAAUAUCUUUUUAAAAAAUAAAUAUGAAUUCUUAAAAAUGAUUGUAAUAAACCAACAGCCAGAUCACAUAAAAACAAUUAAUUUUAGCGAAGAAAGUACUUUUUCCUCAAUGGAAAUGUUAACACACACAAUGAGUAAUGGAGUGUUGCAAUUCCUAAAGUCUCAUGAAUUUCCAGAAAAAGUUCAUGUUUGGGCAGGUAUUUUAGGAAACCACACAGUUAGGCCUGUUUUUCUCAAUCCUAACUUAACUAGUGAAGCAGGUAGGUAUAUCCAGGAGAUGUUACAGUAAUUCUUGAAAUUCUGGAAGAUGAUCCAAUUGAAUUCGGCAGCUUGGAAAAAAACGUUUCAACAAGAUGGUGCUCCUGCAUACUAUUAGAUGGGCGAAGGUCGGCCGUGUAAAGUUUGUAAGCCUAAUUUCCAAAGAUGUCGUCUGUUACGGAAAUGAAUGUUUCGCCAUGUUUUUUCAUCUCACUACUCAGGACGAACAAGUGUUGGUAGCCAAUUUGCCCAGCGGAAACGGAGAUGGAAUUAAUGAAGUCAGAGGACACAAGAGCCAUUAUGUGUUCGCCUACUCGGAAAACUGUGAUAAUGCGAGAGUUUUCAUUAAAAAUUAUCCAGAAUUUGAAACAAUUCAAAUAUUCCAUGAAGCUUUUUCUCAGGGAUACAUAAGUAUGACAUUUGCAGAAACUUCGUUAUUUAUAACUUUAGGGGAAUUACCUAAAUUUACAAUUACCGUCUGGAAUUGGAGGACAAACAAGAAAUUGGGACAGUCUGAUACUAACAUGCAUACUAGAGAACAAGUUAUUAGAUGUAACUGGAACAAACCGGUCCACAUGGUUCAAUUGGGUGUCGAUACUAAGGAAGUGUACUUCUGGGAUCUGUACACAUGCUGCAAAGAAAUAGUGAUACACGAACGUCAAGUGCAGGUGACGCAUGUGGACAAUUUGUCUUUCUUUACCCAUGCUAUGUGGACAACAGAAGGAGGACUAUUUAUAUGCGACACAAAGGGAAAUCUGUACACCGUAGAUUUUGAAUUCAAUUUAGAGAGAGUUAUAGAAGUCAAUUUAGAAGGAAGUGGAACUCCAAGUCUUACUUGGUAUAAAGGUGGCAUUGUUGUGGCAGGACCCGAUAAAGUUAUUAGACACUAUAAAAAAUUGGGAACUUGGAGUUGUGACUGGACCAUUGAUCUCGAAAGUCCAGUACAUAGAAUUGCAUCGGUGAAAUCAGAAUAUCUUAUUGUAAAUGAUGAAGACGGCGAAUUAAUGAAGUUAACCGAAACCGAGGAUGCUUUGUCUUUAACUAGUACGUCAGUGGCAAUCAGUGACUUUUGUAUGAUAUAUCCUUUGGGAGACUACAUAGUGGCGCUAAGAAAACAAACUAAUCUUGUAGUAUUUAAAGUUGAGACAGGAGAACAGAUGUCAGGGAUGACCUUAAAAUCAGCAGCUACAACAAUAGAUGCCAAUCCAGUGUAUCCAUACUUAGCAGUAAGUUUCCAAAAUGGUUUGGUCGAAUUGGUCUCAAUUUACAAUCCAUUAAAAUUAACAAGCAUGUGUAAUUUUCAUUUAUCUGAAAAGCCGAUUGAUAAAAUUCGUUUUUUUGAACAUGGACAAAUUUUGGUCACAGCGGAUCAUAAAACAGGAGAUAUAUUUAUAAUUGAGGGUGUACCUGGAACUCAGAUGCAAGUUAAUUGUCACGUAGAAGUAAAACAACAAAUUGCAGACUUCAUUUUGGUUGCUUCUAAAACUUGUUUGCGAUUGUUUGUUUUGCCUGUAACAUCGAAAUAUUUAGCAGGAAACAAAAUAAUCAGAUAUUGUAUUAUCGGCAAGGAAACUGUUAAUAUUAAGGAGUAUUAUUUUGAACCAACGGGAACAUUGUAUUCUUAUUUAAGCCCCAUUCAAGGACCCUUGAGAGAUAGGAUAUUUUUUGCCGUUCCUUUUGCUUCAAAAAAUUUGCAUCAAUUGGAAACUAGGAGAGGUGAAAGCACAGCUAAAGUGAUAAGAGAAAUCAAAACGGGACAUCAGUUGCGAUCUUACCAGUUUAGACAUAUGGAUAAUUUCACCAUAACAUGGGGCUUCGAUGGUUUUAUAUUGGUACGGGAUGCAAAAUUUGAGAAACAGAUAGCUGUCGUUGUUGCCCAUCACAGAUACCAAGGAGGAGUUAAAAAAGCCUACGUCGAUGCUCUGGGAAGGUAUGUGGUGAGUUUGGGAGUGGAUAAAAUAUUGUGCUGUACCAAAAUCAAUAAUUUUAAAGUAGAUGAGGCAUUGAGGUAUGACCAAGAAUCCUUAUUGUCGUCGAGUAAGUUUGCAUCGAUGUUUAGAAGACCCACUUUAGGUUUUAAACCGGAAGGUGCCUAUCUAAACAAAACAUGGUUAGAGGUAUAUGAAAUAGAAAGAGUUCUGAAGGAGGAGGCUUUCUGUAAAGCAGAAAAAAACGAAAUCUUGGAGGAAUUCUACAGUAUUCAAUCAACAUUAAAAUCAUUAGUUACUAGUAAUUUAAGAGCAGCCGAUAUUGAAAAAAUCGACCUAUUGGAAUUUUAUUUAGACACGAAUACAUACAAUCAGAGGAAGGCGAAAAAUAGAGAAGAAUGCAGAAAGACAGAAACAUAUUUGAAAGCCUUAAUCGAAGCACAGAAUAUAGUUUCUCAAUAUGUAACGAAAACAUAUUGGGAUCCUAUGGGAGUGCGAGGGAAAGUAGUUCGAGGAAUUUUCCAGAAAACCAUAGCAACUAUCUACACUUUACUUCCAAGAAACGAAGCAUCUAUCAGGCGCUUAGCGUGGGUAGAAGAACAACGAAAAAUCGAAGAAUUUCUGUCUGUCAAUUGCAUUUUCGAACCUUGGUUAAAAAUACCUCCAGAAGAAUUGUUAGCGCAAAUGAAGUACCGGCCUAAAUACAACAACCAAGAUUACAUAACGAUGCAAGCCAGAGGAUUGCUUGAAGAUACAACAAGUAAGAUAUCCAUAGAAUCACAAAUAGCUCUUGUUGGAGCUGUUACUAGUCUGUACGUCGAAAGAAAUCCGUGGCAUUACAAACAACGUCAGUUAGUAUCUUUUUACCAGUGCGAUUUACAACAAGCCAUUGCAGAGUCGGAAGUUAUAAAAUUGAAACAGCAUUACAACGUAGUAUUCAACGCAAUGGCAGAAACGAAGGAACGUGAAAUGGAAAGCAUAAAAGAAAAGCAUGAGAGACUGCGCCAUAUUAUAAGAGAAUACAACCACUUUACCGACAAAAAAAUAACUUUUGAGAUCGAGGAUCCACAAUGGACGCAGGAAGAGAUACCGACAAUGUUUCUUGAAGUGCAAGAGGACGAAUUAACCAUUACUCCUUACAUAAGUCCCAGUGAGCAAGCUAUUUUAGACGCCAAAGCAGCAGAAGAAGAAAGAAUACGUCUAGCCUUGCUGGCGGAUGACUUUAAAGAAAGAGCGUUGAUGGUAAUGAUGAACGGAGUUUUGGAGAUCAAAUGGGAAGAUGAAAUAAAGAAGGACGUACCGCUUCCUGAUUGUAUGAUUGACAAAGAUCCCGCUGAUUUCAACGAAGAAGACCUACGAGCUGUCCGUGAUUAUGAAGAAAAAGUGAUAAUUUUAAAUGGCGAAAGAGAAAAGUACAAAAACAUGUUGGAAGUAGACUUUACGAAAAUCAGUACAAAUUUGAGAGACUCCAUUAGGAAAUUCAAUCAAAAAACCAAGGAUUGCGUGGAGUAUAAGAUGUAUAUUGAUUCCGGUAUGAAUCAAGAGAAUUUAAGGGUAAACAGGGCAAGAUUGUGUCAAAAUGAGAGGAUCAAAUUAUAUCUUACAGAAGACAUUAUUAAUUUAACUAUUCGAGAGAAUGAGACAGUCAUCGAACGUCUCCAGGAAACUAUAAAGCGUUUAAACGAAGUACUCAAUGAAUGUCGAGCUAACUUAGACAAUUUACUUCUUAAGGAAAAAGUUCUGGAGAAAACGUUUAAACGCGACUUUCAAGAAUUCUCCACUCUAGUACAAGAACAAGCUACAAAACUUUACAAGAGAAGACCUAGAGCGAGUUUUCGGGGAGUAAAUACAGAGACCGUUCUUCUAGAACUGGCCAAGUGUCUUAUAACUCAAGAAAAAUCUUUACUUCUCACAACGGAAUGUAUCGAAUUUCUUAAAUCUUUAGACCAUUUAGAUGAGUUUGUUGGUUUGCCACCAACUAUCGAUGAACAUACUUUUCGACUCAUCUGCAAACAUAGAAGAUCAAGAAUAGAGUUCGAAAUUAAAGUAAAAGCAGCGCAGAUGCAAAUUACUGACGGUGAAACAACCAUUGCGAGCUGUCAAAAACGGUUGACAUAUAAAAAAGAAAAGAACAUCAGGUUAGGCGGUGAAAUCAGGAAAUGCAAAACCGAUUACCUGUAUUUGAUGCAUAAUAUUCAGAUUCAGAUAGUUUUACGAAGAGGCUUGGUGGAAAUUCCUCUAACUGGAGAUCUAGCCGACUUUAAAGAUGCUGUACUGGUACCCAAAAGAGAAAUAGAACAGAUCAAUGCACUGAUUAAAGUAGCUGGUAAUAUGAAAUUAAAAACGAUCAGGGAAAACAUGGCUUUUAGACGAAAAAUAAUGGCCACUGAAUGGGAACAUAAAAAACUUAGGAUGACAAUUAAUGAUCUAAUCGAGCAAAUGAAUGACAUUAAUGCAACAAAGUUUUUACGUGACAUGCAAACUUACAUGAAGUGCAAGAGCAGAGGUCGCAAACAAGAAAUCGACUCCUUGGAACAAGAAAUGGAAGUAAUCGCAGCCAUUUUCGAGAACAAUAUGCGAGAAAAGAAGGAAACGUUAGCGAGCGUAGAAAGACAAGUUCAGACAUAUAGGGAUCACAACCAACACCUGGACAAGACUAUCCAGGAACUAAAUAUCGAUGUUUGUGCUCUGAAACUUAAACACGAUGCAGAAUUGGAAGUCAGAGAAUCCGAAACUUGCAAAGUCAGAAUGGAAGGAAUAUGGCGAAGAAGCGAAUUGGUACAAACCAUCCAGAAAAAUCACAAUCAAAUCCUUGUGCUGCAGACUGAGUUAGAGUUAUUAAGGCUACGCACGUAUCCCACAUUUAAAUAUAAAUUAAUAAAUACUGAAGAAAAAAUAUAGUUUAUUAUAAAGUA